AUGGCCGUCAUGAGCCUUUGCCGCCUGAAUCUGAUGGCCGUUGCGGCAUGGCUCCCCGCCGUGUCGGCCCAAUUGGGGCGCGAACACCCGAAGCCAUGGACGGCAGCUAUGCAGACGCCGGCUCCCGAGAUAUUCAAGGCCGACAUUGGCUUUGUCUCGGCUCCGGCGCUCACGGCUCGGCCUCAUCCCAGGGACGUGUUCCAGAAGCGACAGAGCGGGGACAAAACAUGUGGCUACGUCGACGGAGAUGCAGCGUCCGCCUAUGUUUGCAAACACACCGAGGCCGUGUGCCGCUACAAUGAGGAUGCUUCGGCCGUGGGCUGCUGCUUGACCGAGGACUGCAACAUCUACACGGCCUGCCUCCCCUAUUCCUCGUCCAGGCAGAGCUCAACCCUCAACAUGGACAGGACACGAUAUUGUUCCGAUUCGCUUCAACCGUCCUGUGCCACCCUGGUUUACAUGGACGAUACCUGGUCCGGCUAUACCGUCCCGUCAUGCGACUCGGUGGCCACGACAUAUCAGUUUUACAUAACCCCGACAAACGGUGUCAGCACUACUAGCUCCCGAUCCUCCCGAUCCUCCCGUUCCUCCAGCACGGAGUCGUCAACGAGUGAGACCGAGAGCUCCAGCACUCAGUCCCGAAGCGGAGCCACAGAGAAUCCAGACCCCGGGCCCGUUGCCCAGGAGUCAUCGUCAACCCCGAUUGGACCCAUUGUCGGUGGAGUAGUCGGCGGUGUUGCCCUCCUCGCCCUAAUCGCCCUCGGCGUCUUCCUCCUCAUCCGCAAGAAGCGCAACCAAAACCCGCCCUCACCACCGGGCCCACCCCUCAACCCGGGCAUGUACCCCAACCAAUCACCACACUCGGGCAUGGCCGCCAUGGCAAACGUGCCCCCUGGACCCGGCGGCUCUCCUGGCCCGCAGUUCAUGGAUCCGCGGUACAGCGUCGCCGCGCCGUCCACUAUGGCAGGCAUGCCGCAUCAGGGCCAGGCACAGCAGGGACAGGGACCGAUCAGCCCCGCUACGUCACCGUCUCCGAGCCCGUCGCCCAUGUUCCCCUCCUCGCAUUCGCCGUCUAUGAUGUCCUCUGUCCCGCCGGGUCAUCCGGGUCAUCAGUCGAUGUAUGGUAUGCAGGCGCAGCCGGGGCAGCCGAUGAUGCAGCAGAAUGGAGCGUACCAGGCGCCGCAGCAGCAGAAUGGGCAGUAUAUGGCGUACCAGCCGCCACCGAUGCAGCAGCAGCAGCAUGUGAAUGCUGCGGAGUUGCCUACGCAAAAGGGGGAUGGGCAGCUUCAUGAGUUGUCUUAA